AUCAGGCAUGGAGCGCAUUGGCUCUCUGCGCGUGUCCGUUUAGAUGACGGACAGUCACAAGUAAUCUGCUGUGCAUGCGAAAUUUUACAGGGACGGAUUAAAAAUAUCGAAGUACUUCAGCUUAUUGAAGAUACACUUUGACGUUUUGUCAAAACAAUAAGGAAUUUUGUGCAUUUUGAAUCCAGUUCAUUAAAAUCAGAACAACUGCGCUUGUUUGUAGCGAAGUUUUGAGGAAAGCCGCGGUGUAAACUGGUAACUGUAGCCGGGUCUCGAAGUGACCGACCACGGGAGGAGUUUCACGAUGGCUGGGCAGGCUUCCCUUGAGCACUACAAGGCGGGGAUGUUACUGAGCGGCGUGGGGGACGCCCUGGGCUACCGGAACCAGCUGUGGGAGUACAAUGAAUCGGGGCCCGCCAUUCACCAGGAGCUGCUGGAGAUGGGUGGCCUCCAGGACAUUUCUGUUGAGCUUCCUGAUUGGCCGGUCAGUGAUGACACCGUCUUGCACCUAGCAACUGCAGAGGCUCUUGCAAGUGGAAAGGAAGGGGAAGAGCUCCUGCAUGAGGUUGCGUUCCGCUAUGUAGAAGGCAUGAAAGACAUGGAUGGCAGGAAGCCUGGACCUUCAAGUGUCUGGGGGGUGUCCCAGUUGAGACCAGGUGCUGCAGGGGGGUACAGAGUGCCGUAUAACCCAGAGGGAACUGGCUGUGGGGCUGCCAUGAGGUCUAUGUGUAUUGGUCUUAGGUACCCACACCCAGAGCAGCUCCCAGCUUUAGUCUCUGUUGCCGUAGAAACUGGAAGGAUGACUCACCCACAUCCCACCGGCUUCCUCGGAGCGGUAGCGUCUGCCCUCUUCACUUCAUAUGCUGUCCAGCGUCGGCCAGUCAUGAGCUGGGGGCUGGGGCUGGUGAAUGAGGCCUGCCCCAUUGCCAGGAGCUUCAUCCAGUCACAGAAUUACGCUGUGGAGGAGACCAAGAGGGACUGGGGCUACUUCACAGAGAAGUGGGAAUGGUACCUGGCAGAAAGAGGCCUGUUGUCUGGAGUGGGACCCAUCUUCUGGCCUAAUCUCUAUGGACCUGCAGAGAGGGACCUGGCCUAUAAGAGCUUCAGCCUGGCUGGUUGGGCAGGCCGCAGUGGGCAUGAUGCACCAAUGAUUGCACUGGAUGCCCUGCUGGGGGCAGGUUCCGACUGGGCCGAGCUCAUGAGCCGUGCGGCUUUUCAUGGAGGUGACAGCGACAGCACUGCCGUGAUCGCCUGCUGCUGCUGGGGACUGCUACACGGCACCGAGGGGGUCCCCGAGAGCAACUACAGCAAGCUGGAGUACAGGGAGAGGCUGGAGAGCAGUGCAGAGAGGCUGUACGCGCUGUCGCAUUGAGAGCAGAGGCUGCACCCAGGGGCUGAAAAAGUGAUAAACUACAGAGAGCAGGCGACUUCCCGUGACGAUCUGCGAAUAAUCACACUUAACAAUUUACAAUGUGUUUUUGCAGUAUAAUGUACUUAUUUUUUUAAAGAACGGCCGUUUUUGAUUAAUAUUGUUGAUUAAUACUUACUUGAUUAAUAAUUACUUGAUUAAUAUUAUUUGUUGCUUUUCUACAGUUGUUAAAGUCAGAUAAAGCAUCAACAAUUUUACACAGCCAUGUACAAAUCUCAAUAAUGUGCAGGAAAUGAAAGGUUGAUUUGUAUAUGUAAUGUACACAUGUUUUAUUAAGCAUCUGUAUCGAUAAUAAACUACAGUAUUAGAUGCUGAGUACUGACCCUUAGCUGACAAGUAGUAGCAAUUGAGUAACGCUGGAGAUGGUUGAGUGCCAAAUAAAUGAUGACAUGCUCACCUCCAAAAGAUCUUACAGUAUGCAAAGGUACUUGCACAUUUUUUGAGUAUGUUAUUUAUACCAUGUCAUUUAACAAAGGCAGGUAUAUAUUUGCAUGAUGCAAAUGUAUCGUGCAAAUAUUUUACAGGACUUUUGCGUAAAGGAUUACAUUUUCUGUCCUUUCCUGCAGUGUCCUUUGUAGUGAACCCAACCAGACUUGCUCUGGAAUUGAUCUGAAUUCAGGAGGAUUGACUAAUAAGACAUGAGCAGAGAGGACACAGAUCAGAUAAUGAAGGAGUUCAUGCAGUUCAAGGGUCCAAUCUCAACAUCCAAAGUGACAAUCUGGCUCUAAACUUAAAGGCUUACAGUAGCUUGUUACCUAAAUAGGUUACAGUUAGGGACUAUUCUUGACAUUUCAGAAAAAAAACAUUGUCCAUUUUAGUAACACCCUUAUUUUUUUUAUCGGUUUAGGAAUCAGUGAUCAAGUUUUCAUGUUGUACUUUAAUUCCAUUUCAUUGCAGAUAAAUUCCAGACUGCAUUAAUAACAACAGUCCACACUGCAAGGAUUCUUAUGACCAUACAUGACUUUAGACAUUAGAACCAAUGAUUGUAACAGCUUCUGUUUUAUUUGUGUUGUUUCAUGUAAUCAUGUCCAGUACAGAGGCAAUCUGAGUACAGAUACAAAUAGCAUUGUACCAAUAAGAGAAUAACAGCUGCAUUUUAUAUUCAAAGUUGUCAUAAUUCUUUCAAUGAGGAUAAUGUAUUAAAAUCAUGAAAUAUGUAAAAAUGCCUUGACCAGGAGAGUACUACGUGGUGCUAGAUAUAGCCAUCCUUCUCUAAAAGGCCCUUGAUCUCAAUCGGAUGAGGGAUGAUCCUUGUUCCUGACCCUGCGUCAUGAACAAGACUGAGACUGAUUUGCUAUAAGAAGCGGUUUACAAACAGUUCUAUCUGCACUACCUAUUAAUUGUGAAUGAGGAUGUGGAUCAUGUAUUGAUAAGGCAAUGUAAAGCAAGUGCAAUAAAUUGUCAAAUAUG